AAAUAAUCGAAACUCCAGUCCAGAGAUUCUUGUUCUGUGCCUGUGGCCAGGCAGCUGUAUUGUGUACGUGUGCCGGCUGGUUUCCUCUUCCUGCCCACUCCAAGUCCAGCCUUGUGUGCGAAUUGUUUGUCUGGGGUCAAGAAGAUGAUUGCGUAACGACUUGUGCUAUCCAGAAUGGCGACGGACCGCGUAAACGACCCAUCCAUAGCUCGGGAAGGAAUCGCUCUCCUUUUUCGUAGCGGAGUGGGAGAUGCGGAGGCAUUGCUGUCCAAGAACAGUGGUGGUAAUGCUCAAAUCGACUGCGCCCUGGCCUACAUCCGUGUAGUGCAAUGCCUGUUAUCCUGGGAACCUGACUCCAUCGAUGUGGCUAUUGAAUAUCUGAAACAAGUGGAAGGACGAUGCACCGCGAGUGAAGGUUCGCUUCCCAGCCUUAGCACGCCGAAAGGAAUUCAGCACCUGAUGAUUCUGCGCAUCAUCGGCGGGGAUUGUCAGUUGUUGCGUGCACUACUCUGCUUUACCAAACUGUCCAUUGCUGGUUAUGUCAAAGGCGGUCUAUUGCUGCGGUCGGCUAGCAAGGUCUACAAAAAGAUCCACAAAGAACUCGAGAAAUACAACGUUGGUAAUGGACACGCAGCUGUCAAUGAUGAAGCCGGAGCUGAUCCUUCAGCAUCGUUCGGUGAGGUUCGCGCUGCUUGUAGUCUUGGCUUCGGCAUUGUCAACUUGGCAAUGUCCCUGAUGCCCGACAAGGCCCUAAGUCUCAUGAAGUUCUUUGGAUUCAGUGGGGAGCGCCAAGCCGGUCUUGAUGCCCUGGCGUUUUCCUCUACCAGCGAUGACAUGCGAGCACCAGUAGCAAUGCUGUGUUUGGCGUGGUUCCACGGUAUGGGCCGACCACUGUUGGGAAUUGACGUACGGGAAGGCUAUGAAGAUGCUAUUCGCCAAGCACUUCGGGUUAUUGGCCAGGCAGAAGCGGAGCUUGGAUCCGCGCCAAUCUUCGGCUACUUCAAGGGUAGAACUGAGUACCUGAAGAACAACACAGAAUUGGCGUUAGAGGCGUUCAAGGAAGCGGCGGCAAAUCCGUCUGCACUCAAGGAGAUCUCCCAGCUCUGUCUCUACGAAAUGGGAUUCAUUAGUGUUUUGAACAAAGACUUUGCCGCAGCUGCACCCAUGUUUGAGACGUUAUGCAAGGAGACACGUUGGUCACCUGGCUUCUAUGGCUAUCUCGCCGCAUUAUGUAUGGGGAGCGAUGGCCAAAUUGAAGCCUCGCAUGACCUGAUGAAGAAAUUGCCUAGUAUCAUCGUGCGCAAGAACUCCAAUUAUGAGAAGUUUGUCCUGAAAAAGACGGCUCGCUUCCAGAAGGUCGCACCGACCGUGCCAAUAGCUCGCACUCUGCUUUUUGAAGUUGUCUAUCUUUGGAACUACACGCUGUUUGCUAACAUCAAGCAACGUGAGGAGCUCCUUGCACUGGUCGAAGGCGAAUGUGCUGCCUUUGACCCGUCCGAGCAGAUCCUGCUUGCUGCCAACCUCCUUGUACGCAGCAGUCUCAACUUUGAGUUGGAUCGGCCAUCAGAGGCAGAAACGUGUGCAAGGCAAGUAUUGCAGUUUGCCGAUGUGUGCGUCAAGAAGAAAGAGCAACACAUCCCUGCUUAUGCCACGUUUAUCAUCGGCCAAAUUUACCAGCAGAGCGGAGAUUUUGUGCAGAUGAAGCAAGCGAUGAGCAAAGCUAAGUCCGCCUACAGUGACUAUGAAGUAGAAGGUCGUCUUCAAACUAAGAUCAAGGUUGCUCUGGAAUCAGGAGCCACGUAACAACACUAUCUACAAACUAUUUUUUUGAAACCGACAAAUUAGCUUCAGUUGUGUACCCUAGGAAUUCCGCCCCGUAACCAAUUGAAAUGCUAGCAACUUGGUUUUCCCCGUAUGUUACCAAGGCGCAGCGUGAUGUGGAGGCUGUGCCCACACGUGCUGCGCUUCUAAUUUAAAACAUGGAGUUCAUCUUGGUAUGCUGGCGUCCACGUAUCCCGGACGACUCUCGCUUGUGUGGACUGUGCCCAAGCAACGCCAUGCACGUCUUAGCCCUCCCACCUCUGCCGUCACUAGCUGGUCAUGGGUGUGCCUUUGUCGUCGUAGUCUUUGCUGUUUAUCGUGGACAUAUCUCUUAUUAUUCAUUGGUGUGAGGGAAUCUCUAUUAGUUCUGUUCUCCUCCUCUUGGUACGAGUCCUUGCGAAACUCGACUGGAAUUGCCACCGAUGAUGAUAACAACUCAUGACGAUGACGACAAUGUAAGACCUUGCUCAAUUUGACACUGCCGGUCACUUGGCACCUAGGACCCCGUUUUCUCUCUUCUUCUCUCUAUUUUCUAUGCUACUCUCUUGGUACUUGUGUAGGUAUGUGCCACGAUGUAUUGUCUCAUUGCUACCAUAUGUGUUCGUGCCACAUGCACAACAAAAAACGCAUCUAAACCCUAGCUCUAUGCCCUAUUCGUACUCAGUAUCCGAGCUCCCCUGAUCCAUAUUUUCUGCUUCGAGAUGUGAAUGGGUCAGUUUUUCCGUUCUCUUUAGUCACUCGCUAUUUUUUCUGCUGAGCAGAAAUCGCACUUCUCGAGUUUGAUUUGACAUGAUCCUAUCCCUUAUUUAUGAAAUUUCGUAAUUCUCUCUAGUCGAAUGCUAUUCUUUUGGUAUAUUAACGUAUCAAGCACAUAAUCGGGUGCCGCCGGUUGACAGG